GUAUACGCAAGAAAACGCGCAACUCCUGUGAAAAACGCUCAGUCGCUCCUCGACCGCCGCGGCGAGCGUACGCAUGACAGACCCGCGCUUCAUAAUACAAAUAGCUUACAUAUUUAUUUAUUACAACUUCUUUCUAUGCAAAAUCCUGAAUUAUUCCUUAAAAAAACUAUUGAGAAGUUUAGUUGACGCUUUCGAGUUGGAGGAUGAGUGACUUGUGAUAAUAGUGUUGUUAUUUAUUCAAUCUGUGAUAUUAGUGUUACUUUUUAUUUAUUGUUAAUUUAUUCAAUAUGAAGCAGCAAACUGGAGUUAUUACUAUUCAUCAAAUGCGCCUGCAUCGCUGUGAGGGCUGCCUCGCGGCGUGCCCGCCGCGCCGGGCGCCGCUCGCGGACUAUCCCCGCUCUAUCUUCAAAACCACGUUGUGCAAGCGACGCCGCUCCCCCUACCCGAUGAGCAACAGCAAAACGAACUGCACCAAGAUGGCGGACCCCACGCCUCCCACGCCGCCAGACAAUAACGCGCCACCAAUGCCUUGGUUCGGUAUGGACAUCGGCGGCACUCUGACCAAACUGGUCUACUUCGAGCCGAGAGAGACGAACCGUCGAGAGCUCGACAAAGAGACAGAAGUGCUCAAGAACAUAAGGCGGUACCUCACGAGGAAUUCUGCGUAUGGCAACACUGGGAGAAGGGACGUCCAUUUACAGAUGGACAACGUGACGAUCCGCGGCCGCCGCGGCACCCUCCACUUCAUCCGGUUCCCCACCACGGAAGUGGGGGCUUUUCUUCAACUAGCCCGGUCUAAAGGCAUGGCCGCGCUCGUCAACACUAUAUACGCCACGGGCGGCGGCGCGUAUAAAUUUGAAGAAAACUUCAUCAAGGAAGUGAACAUGCACCUUCAGAAACUGGACGAACUGGACGCAUUAAUCGCAGGGCUGUUAUUCGUCGACGCGUGGCAUUCGGCCGAGUGCUACUACUGGGCACCGCCGGACUCGGAGCUACUACACCACAAUACUGCAAACACGCCGCCAUACUUGGAGGCAGCCCUGAGUCUUUACGAACGGCAGCCGUUCGACUUCUCGAAUCCGUACCCGUUCCUACUCGUGAACAUCGGGAGUGGCGUCUCUAUACUCGUGGUGAACGGCCCCAACGACUUCUACCGAGUUAGCGGCACCAGUCUUGGUGGCGGCACAUUCCUGGGCCUCUGUUGCCUGCUAACCGGCUGCAGCAGUUACGAGGAGGCCAUAACUUUAGCGGCCUCCGGUGACAACACCACGGUCGACAAGCUGAUCAGAGACAUAUACGGCGGGGAUUACGCGCGCUUCGGCCUCUCCGGGGACCUAGUGGCUAGCAGCUUCGGGCAGAUGUGCACGGCAGACCGAAGAGCCAAGGUGUCUCGGGAGGACCUCGCGCGGGCCACGCUGGUCACCAUCACCAACAACAUCGGCUCCAUAGCGAGGCUGUGCGCCAGCAAUCAGAAUGUAGAACGGGUGGUGUUCUGCGGUAAUUUCCUACGAGUCAACCCCCUAUCAAUGAAGCUCCUGUCAUACGCCAUGUCAUACUGGUCUCGCGGCGCGCUAAAGGCGCUCUUCUUAGAGCAUGAGGGAUACUUCGGCGCCGUGGGCUGCCUACUGCAGCUGGACGACCAUUACCACCGCAAGAAGUCGCGACACGGCGCGUCCGCCGCCGACCACAAGCACGCCGGCCGGUGA